AUGUCCAGAACGGCACCGUCUGAAGAUGAUGGCUCCGCAACGAACCCAUUUUCGUCUGGUUUCUUCGAAGCCCGUCUCACCUCAGAACACGGUAACGAUGCCGCCCAGGAUGAGCCAGCCGCCCGUGAACCCCUCGGCGCGCCCAUUGCGAUACAAGACCUAUCCCUCAGUGAGAUACCAGCUGGAGCCGAAAAUGCUCGCCUCGUCAUAUCUCCGCGUGGGCCCCCGCCACUAGAUGACAGUGAAGCACUCGUGCCGUUCGGUCACGGUGAGCAGCUUGCUGUUCUGCAGUCUUCCAAGUCAGCUUGGUUUUGCCUCACCUUAGCCGUCGACCUCCAGUGCACUUUCUACUACGAUCCUGCAAGCGAUAACCUCGUUCUGCGUAACUCAAGUCGACAGCCUAUACAAAUUGGCCGCAUCCAGGACGACGAUGGCACCACUGACCCGAGCCUGUGUACUCUGGAGUAUCGCGAUGUUCACGUUGUUUCACCUGGCCCGUGGAGGAUAUCCUCGGCGAAGUCGUCCACUGUGCUCAUUGAUCUCCUGGUCCUCCGUCGACGAUACCUUCUCGAAACGCAGACGGGAGGAACGCAACCUGGGUCGAAAAGGAAGGACGUCCUGUCGAUCGAGGCUCCGGCUAAGAGACAUCGAAUUGGGGUUGGGAGCGUUGAUCAGAGCAUAGUGCUAAUUAGCAAGCCACCCAACGAUCCGAGAACAGAGACACCCCAACUAGAACUCAUCCGUACCGGCAACCCCCUGAUCAGCCUCCAGCCUGGUCAAACGGUUUUUGUCACAGCUCCGGGAGGAGUCCCUGCAGUUGGACAUCAUUCCCACGAGGAGGUCGUUGCUUCGUAUUCCGAAGAUAUGCCCGAGAGCUAUUCACUCCUACAUAUGCGGGACAUUGUCAGCACCAAGGGGUUUGCAUCCGUCUUCAGCGCUCGCCACGGCGUAUUUGGCAACACAGCAGUCAAGGUUAUCCGGACCAAGCAAGCUUCACAGUAUUCUUAUAUUCCGACCAUGGCCCAAAACUGGAAGCAUGAAGAGCAGAUCUUGCGAAAAGUCAAGCACCCGUCCAUCAUCCGAUUCUUCGGGUCAGAUGCUCGCCUCUAUUCUAUAUAUAUGGAGCAUCUUCCCUUCCCGGAUCUUAACGCAUGGAGGAAUCGGCCCCAUGAUCACUAUUUUGUCGGCACCACUGAUGAUGCUGAGCGGAUCCUCCGUGAUAUGGCCUCAGCUCUCGAAUACCUCCAUGGACAAAACAUUCAACACAACGAUAUCAAGCCCGGGAACAUUCUCUACGACCGCGAACGUGGCCCUGUCCUUAUAGACUUUGGUCUAGCAUCUUCACACGGUGGGCAGUUGUGCAACGGCGGCACACCAUGGUAUGUGCCACGCGAGUUCAUCGAUGAUCUAGAACGGGGACCCAAAAGCGAUGUUUUUGCCCUCGGCGUGACUAUGCUAUACCUUCUGAGAAAAACCCCGUUGCCUGAUGUGACGCAGCGUGGUUGGAUAAUCUACAAGGCUCCCCGGGAUAGUUCGGAGACGACGCUCAUGGAGGAAUGGUUAUCGAAAGUGUUGGCGAUGCGGGAUGAGCUCAAUAAGGCGAGCCAUAUUGAGUCCUUGGUGAGGGACAUGCUGAGCCCUCUGGCUCGCGACAGAAAGUCCGCAAGAGAGGUUGCAGAGGUGGUGUUACAAAAACCUUGA